GGUGCGCAGCACGCAGAGUCCUUCUGUCGGUUGGUCCUGGAGCGGCGCAGCAGGAGCAGAGCCGUGAGGAGAAUAAAGGCAGCCCUGUUGAUGACUGAAAAUGACAAAGCAUCCACCUAACAGACGAGGAAUCAGCUUUGAAGUGGGAGCCCAGUUGGAAGCCCGGGACCGUUUAAAAAACUGGUAUCCAGCUCAUAUAGAAGACAUUGACUACGAAGAAGGAAAAGUACUCAUUCAUUUCAAGCGUUGGAACCAUCGUUAUGAUGAGUGGUUCUGCUGGGACAGUCCUUAUUUACGCCCUUUAGAGAAAAUACAGCUGAGGAAAGAGGGUUUACAUGAAGAGGAUGGAUCUUCUGAAUUUCAAAUAAACGAGCAGGUCCUUGCUUGCUGGUCUGAUUGUCGUUUUUACCCGGCCAGAGUCACUGCUGUUAACAAGGAUGGUACUUACACUGUGAAAUUUUAUGAUGGAGUAGUUCAGACUGUCAAACAUAUUCAUGUCAAAGCUUUUUCCAAAGAUCAGAAUAUUGUGGGUAAUGCUAGGCCUAAAGAAACAGAUCACAAAAGUCUUUCAUCAUCUUCCGAUAAACGAGAGAAAUUUAAAGAGCAGAGAAAAGCCACAGUCAAUGUGAAGAAAGACAAAGAGGACAAAGCCUUAAAAUCGGAAAAGCGACCCAAACUGCCCGACAAAGAAGGAAAGUUAAUCUGUGCUGAAAAAGGGAAGGUGUUGGAGAAAAGCCUUCCCAAGAACGAGAAGGAAGAUAAGGAGAACAUUUCAGAGAAUGACAGAGAGUACUCUGCAGACGCUCAAGUGGAUAAAAAACCUGAAAACGACAUUGUGAAGAGUCCACAGGAGAACUUGAGGGAGCCAAAAAGAAAACGAGGCAGACCCCCUUCCAUAGCUCCUACUGCUGUGGAUUCAAAUUCUCAGACUUUGCAACCAAUAACAUUGGAAUUGAGAAGACGGAAAAUAUCAAAAGGAAGUGAUAUCCCAUUAAAACGUCCUCGACUUGAUAAAAAUUCAUCCCAGGAAAAGUCAAAAAACUGUUCCGAAAACGCUGACAAAGACUUGUCCAGGAGACGGUCUUCCAGGCUGUCCACUAACGGGACCCAUGAGAUCCUAGAUCCUAACUUGGUUGUACCAGAUUUGGCUGAUAAAGUCGAUACGGAUCCUUCACAAAACAAAUCAUCUAGUACCAAGGAACCUGAAGAAGGUCAGUUGAAAUCUCCUUUGGAAGCUGGCUCGGUCUCAUCUGCACUAACUUGCCACUCCUUUGGGGAUGGAUUGGGGGCUGUAGGCCUGGAAUUGAAUUGCAACUCAAUGGGAGAAAACACUAUGAAAACAGAACCAACAUCGCCCCUUGCUGAGUUACAAGAGAUUUCAACUGUGGAAGUACCAAAUACUUUUAAGAAAACAAAUGAUUUUGUGACAUCUAAUGUGCCAGCUGUCGACCUAGACCAUAAGUUUAGAUGCAAGGUUGUGGACUGUUUAAAAUUUUUCCGCAAAGCUAAACUGUUGCACUAUCACAUGAAGUAUUUCCAUGGAAUGGAGAAAUCACUGGAGCCAGAAGACAGCCCAGGGAAGAGGCAUGUCCAGACAAGGGGCUCUUCAACGUCUGACAAGGCCAACCAGGAGAGCCUCACCAGGAAGCGAGUCUCUGCCAGUUCUCCAACUGCAAAAGACAAGGAAAAAAACAAAGAGAAGAAAUUCAAAGAGUUUGUGAGAGUGAAGCCAAAGAAGAAAAAGAAAAAGAAAAAGAAAACCAAACCUGAAUGCCCCUGCAGUGAGGAGAUCAGUGACACCUCCCAGGAACCUUCUCCACCCAAGGCAUUUGCUGUUACCAGGUGUGGGUCUUCACACAAGCCUGGGGUCCAUAUGAGCCCACAGCUCCAUGGCUCAGAAUCUGGAAAUCACAAAGGGAAAUUGAAAGCAGCUGAGGAGGAGAAUUUGAGUGAAUCCUCUUCUGAGAGCUUUCUUUGGAGUGAUGAGGAGUAUGGCCAAGAUGUUGAUGUGACCACCAACCCAGAUGAGGAACUUGAUGGAGAUGACCGCUAUGAUUUUGAGGUGGUUCGUUGUAUCUGCGAAGUCCAGGAAGAAAAUGACUUCAUGAUUCAGUGUGAAGAGUGCCAGUGCUGGCAGCAUGGGGUCUGCAUGGGAUUACUGGAAGAAAAUGUGCCCGAGAAAUACACCUGUUAUGUUUGCCAAGACCCUCCAGGUCAGAGGCCUGGCUUCAAGUACUGGUAUGACAAGGAGUGGUUGAGCAGGGGACAUAUGCAUGGCCUAGCAUUUCUAGAAGAGAACUACUCCCAUCAGAAUGCCAAGAAGAUUGUGGCCACCCAUCAGCUUCUUGGUGAUGUGCAGAGAGUGAUCGAGGUUCUGCACGGCCUGCAGCUCAAAAUGAGCAUUUUGCAAAGCAGGGAGCAUCCCGAUCUACAGCUGUGGUGCCAGCCUUGGAAACAGCACUCAGGGGAGGGCAGAGCUCAGUCUAGACACAUCCAUGGCACGGAUGCCAGGAGCAAGGAGGAAGCCUCAAGCUAUAGAACUUUGAAUGGGGUGGUGGAGAAGCCUCUGCCGCUGCCCCUGCCCCGGUCUGUGGAAGAGUCUUAUAUCACCAGUGAGCACUGCUACCAGAAGCCCCGCGCCUAUUACCCUGCUGUGGAACAGAAGCUGGUGGUAGAGACACGGGGCUCUGCCCUUGAUGAUGCAGUUAACCCCCUUUGUGAGAAUGGUGACGAUUCCCUCUCCCCUCGCCUGGGCUGGCCUCUAGACCAAGACAGGAACAGAGGGGACAAUGACCCCAAACCCAGCUCCCCAAAGGUGAGAGACUAUGUCUCCAAAAAGGUCCUACCAGAGGAAGCCCCUGCUCGGAAGCUGUUGGAUAGAGGUGGAGAGGGGCUGUUGAGCUCCCAGCACCAGUGGCAGUUUAACCUGCUGACACACGUGGAGUCUCUUCAAGAUGAAGUCACUCAUAGAAUGGAUUCCAUUGAAAAGGAGUUGGACGUGCUGGAGAGCUGGCUAGACUACACUGGGGAAUUGGAGCCCCCAGAGCCGCUGGCCAGGCUUCCGCAGCUCAAGCAUUGCAUCAAGCAACUGCUGACAGACCUGGGCAAGGUGCAGCAGAUCGCCCUCUGCUGCUCAACAUGAAAUUGGGCAACCAAGACUAAUGGGGACACAAUCCCGGGGCACCUGCAGGAGGAGCUUCACAUAUUUAAAUAAAUAAAUCUAGCAUGCUGAAUGCACGUGACACCGACUAACUUCAGGGAUCUGGCCAGGAGUGUGAAGACAUUGACAAAGAGGCCAUUUUGGCUGCUGGAGGGCAGGGCACUCUGAUCUGGAAGCCUACCAAGAAGGUAGCAAAUAGACUCUUGGGAUUCCCUUCUGUGCACAUCAUUGAAUGAAGAGAGUCUUUUUGCACAAACUUCACUUGAAAUCGUGCCACUGAUGAUAAAUGGAAUGAGAGCCAAAAAAGUUGUUGGAAACAGUUGUAGAUUCAAUUUACAGUUUAUUUAAUUGACUUUUCUGUCAGGUUGGGGCACAUGCCAAACCUUUUGAUUUCUGCCUGGCAUGUUUAGGCAGCAGGUAUCAUUUUCAUUUUCCAGCUUCACAGGAAUGUUGGGACUUGACUACGCUGCGGAAGUUGGGAAGGAGCAGAGGCCUCAACUGCCCUGCUUUCUCCUUAGGACUCUUCACUUUUCUCACCACAUCUCUUGCAUGACUUUAUGGUACCAGGGACAAGUUUUAUGUUUCACCCCAGAGUUGGCUGGGUUUUGGCUUUUCACAGAGGCCAUACAGCUGAAGGAACUAGAAUCUUGAUGUAAAAGAAUCUAGGAGGAAUUCCAAACUGAAGCAGGCAGGGUCUAGAACCCAAAGGACAGAAUUUUCUAUCCACUUCUUAAGACAGCUUCCUAGUUCUAUUUAAGGUUUAAAAAAAGUUUCCCAAAAUGUCAAACUCUUCCACUGUAAAGAUUUGUUACAAAGAAUGUGGUUUGGGGAAUUACUUUAUUUUGUAUUGUGGUCAACAAACUUCAGAUUCUCUAUGUGCCACUUUUCUCCUUCCCUGAAAGGUAUGUUCAAUAGUUGGCAUUUUCAGAAUUGUUAAUAUACUUUAACACUUUAAAUUUCCUGUUUAUAUUACUCUGUGAGAUCAAGGUGAUUAUGCUGCUUAAGGUCCAAGUUUCAUCUGUUUGUACCUUUGGAAACAAUAUUUGUGUUACUUUUGCAGGUUACAGUUCCACAUGUAAUUGCUGUAUUUUCUUUUGUUUUUAUUGGGCAAAGUUAAAACGUUCCUUGCUUUGAGGAAUGACCUGAUUCACUGAUUUUCUUAUCACUAAAGAUAAAAAUCGAAGCACAGCUGUCCAUUAACACAAUUAUGGGUUUAUGAAUCUGUAAUGUUAUAUGCUGCAAAUAUUUACUAUGUAAACGUAAAAGCCAAUAUCUCAAUAGCAAUGACAGUAUCUCCAGCAAUUGUUGGAAUGGUUGGGCUUUAAGACACAGGUCAUUGUCUUCGUAAAUUCAGGCCUCUGGACCUAAGAUGUUUCAAGGAAUGCCCUGUCUAGGACAAGUUGACCUGUGUAACUGAUCCAUGUGGCUGUAACAUCUGUAAGGAAGCUGACACAAUUCCUCUACAAGAGGCUGUUUCACACUGCAUUGGUGUUUCUGGUGUGGGAAGAAAUGGCUCAGUGUUGUGUGGCAUCUGUGUUCUGGAUUAUUUAUCAGACAGCUGCAUUUUAAGAUUUGUGUAAUGUUUAUCUGAAAAGGGAAGAAACAGGAUGAUUUUCUAUAGCCAUAACUGUGGGGCUAUAUCGAUUGUUGUAUUAUUACUGAUUUUUCUGAAACUACAUUUGAGUAUCACAAUUGGGGAAGCUGUAAUUUUUAAGAUAGUCAAUUUAAUGUCUUGUCCAAAGAUGGAAGCUGAAACUGAAUUAUCCUAAUUUUGUCAAGUGGCCAUUACUGGACGACUUAUCAUUUAGGUUUUAUAAAAUAAUCCUGUUUCACUCAUUGUGACUUUUGUUCUUAGGGAAGCAGGGAAGACUCCCCAAAGUUCUGAUAAUCUCAGUGUGCUUCCCUAAUUUAAAGCCAUGUUGAGGGGCUCCAUUCCCAAUUCCUGGGUCAAGGUGAAUUAACCCCAAGUUGGAGCACUGGAAACUGUUAUUUGCAAACAUUGCUGAUUACCAUUUAGAAAUAUGUGCACUACCUAAAUUUUGUCUAUUGAGAAAAGCUAUCCACCUAUAAAAAACUGCCUUGACAAAAACAAUUCUGGUUUGACUAAUCAUUUUGCUUAAUUGAUGAGUUUAUACAAGGUGGAUUCUCAAUGAGCCAACAUUGCACUGUGGAUACAUAUCUAUGUUUACGCGCUAGUAGAACAGAAGGCGCUGUAUAUAGAAAUGUUGCUUUGAAGCAAUAUUUGCAAAAACAUGCAAACUUCUGUAUCUGUAUUUGGAAAAAAAUAAAACAGGUUCUUGUUGCUGUUUCAGUCACAUA